GUGUGUGUGUGUGAGAGAGAGAGAGAGAGAGCCCCACCUAUGGACUGGAAAGUUUGAGUCGGGAUGCAAGUUUGUCCCUGAAAGCCAAGGUGAAAACAAUGCUGGCAGAUUACAGGAAGCACACGAUGGCGUUCCCCCUCCCCCUCCUCCUCCUCCUGGUCUUCUUGGGCCACGCCCCCUCGCCAGGUUCUUGUCAGCCGUCGCCGGCCAACGUCAGCACCACGACGUCGCCCGCCUCCAACGUGUCCUCCCAGAAGGUUCCGGGCUGCGGCGCGGACUUGGAUCCAGCCUACAGGUUCCUGUGCGACCGCGAGGCGGCGUGGGGCAUCGUCCUGGAGACCCUGGCCGCCUCGGGCUUCCUGUUCAGCGCCCUCCUCCUGCUGGGCCUGCUCCUCUGGUCCUUGUGGGUCUGCGUCUCCUUGCGGAACCAGCGCAGCAACAUCGGCGGGACGGUGGCCUGCAUGUCCAUGUUCCUGUUGGCCACGGCCGGCAUCUUCGCCAUCACCUUCGCCUUCAUCGUCCGCCUGGGCCCCGAGACCUGUCCCACCAGGGUCUUCCUCUUCGGGGUCUUCUUCUCGCUGGCCUUCUCCUGCCUGCUGGCCCGCUGCCUUGCUCUGCUGGGCUUCGCCGCCGCCCGCGGCUGGGGGGAGGCCGGCAUGGCGCUGGGGCUCUUCGUGGUGCAGGUGAUCAUCUCCACCGAGUGGCUGAUCCUGGUCUUGGUGAGGGACGAGCGGCCCUGCGAGUACAGCCAGGAGGAGUUUGUCAUGCUGCAGAUCUACGUCAUGUGCCUGCUGGCCAUCAGCUUGAUCCUGGCCAUGCACUUCCUGUGUCGCUCCUGCGCCACCUACAGCUACAGCUACGCCGGCGCCACCCACCAGCAGAGCCGGCAGCAGGCCGUGCUCCUCUUCCUCACGCUGGCGCUCUCCGCCGCCGUCUGGGUGGCGUGGGUCACCAUGCUGGUCAGGGGGAACCCCAAGCUGGACCGCCGCCCGCAGUGGGACGACCCGCUGCUCGCCAUGGCGCUGGUGGCCAACGGCUGGGUGCUGUUGACGGGGCACGGCUUGUCGCAGGCCGCCUUCCUCUGCAGGGGCGAGGCCAAGGCCAAGGAGUACCCGCUGAGCUUCGAGGGCUGGACCAGUCCGAGUGCCGACAUCCCGGGACUCAACAGCCCCAAGGGGGGGAAUGAGAACGGAAGCUUUGAGAACGAGCCGGAAAACCGAAGAGGCAGACGAGUGGACGCCUCGCUGAGAUCGCCGUAUGAAGCUGGCUUGUCCAUGACGGAAGUAGCGGGCAGUAAAGAUUACAGCAUCCCUCGGCCUCAGAGCACCAACCUCACAGAACCUUACGACGACUAUUACGGGCCCUUGUGAGACACACACACACAACAACUUGUGAGACACACACACACACAACUUGUGAGACGCACACACAACAACUUGUGAGACACACACACACACACACACACACACACACACACAACAAGAAGCACGUCCAGAAUGCAUUUCAUGUAAAUAUGUCACUUUUCAUCAGGAAUAUCUUUUUUUUUUAUUCAAUAUAAAGAAAAAGCAAAAACUCUCCCAAAGCGCAAGGAAAUGUCAACUUAAUGUCAUAUUUUUGCAGUGAACUUGUCUUUAGUCCAGUCAACAAAUACAUUGAUAAAUAAAAGUGUGUAUUAUAUUGGUCCCGUUCCCGGCGCGGGUCUCGCGUGAGAGGAAAACAAUCAUUUUGCAAUGCCGUCUGCUGAAAAUGAUGGAAAGCGCCACGCCACUAAGUUUGAAUUGCCACAAAAUGUAUUUUAAGCUAUUCGACCCUCUGGCCUCAUGUUUCGUGUGUCAGGUAAACGGCGGUGAAUCCCCUUCCAACUGUAUGUACAUACUAGAGAUGCGCGGUUUGGGGGCACAACCGCGGAGUCCGCAGAUUAUCCGCGGAUCGGGCGGAUGAAAUUAAAAAAAAUUAGAUUUUAUCCGCGGGUCGGGUUGGGCGGUUCAAAUUAUUAAAAAAAAUUAGAUUUUAAAUAGAUUCAGGCGGGUGGCAGUUAAACCAAUUGGUAAAUAUAUAUACAUAGUUAAAUGUUGUUACCCACAUACGAAAAACGAGCAGGCACCUGCAGCAUAUGCCACAACAGAAGAAGAAA